UUGUAUCAGAUGUUUACCGAGCCUCGAGGGUAACAGAGGUUUUUGUUGCUGAGUGUUAAAGACUUGAGUUGAACGUGUGUGAAGGGCGAUUGUCUGUGCAUAUGGGUAUUAUGUGCAUUAUCAUAGAAACCAAUUUAUAAGAUCAUUAAAAAUACAGUGAUAAAUCUUUAAUAACCUAAUCAUAACAAUAGUGCAGUGUAAUCAGUGACUUAUUAUAAAAUUAAAGACUUGGCUUAAAGGUCUCGUUACCAGGCCAUAAAAUCCUCAAAAAAAAUGUGCAUUAAGUAUCAAAGGAGGUUUUCGUUGGUUAGUGAAGUAAAACAUGCCGUUCAUAGACAUAGCGUUCCAAGCCGACGUGAGCCGGUACGAGGACGCAGAGUUCGAGGAAUUCUCAAGAAGGAACUGCGGCGAGAAUCCCGGGACCAGGGAUGCAGCUAUCGAGGAGCUAAGGCGACUGAUCAAAGAAAAGGGGGAGUGUCGGCCGCGGCGGACGGACGACGCGUAUUUGUUGAGAUUUCUGAGAUGUCGGAGGUUUAUCCCUGCCUUGGCACAUAGAUUGAUGGUGCGCUACGAAGAUUUCCGCUCAAAAAAUCCUGAGUUGUAUGACUGCGACGCGUUUGGCCUGCAACGCGUCAAGGAUGUGUUCUCUUGCACCUUCCCCGACAACCCUGACAAUGGCAGAAUCACCAUCAUGAGGCUCGGCAAGUGGGACAUGGACAAUACCCCGGCAGAGGACCUAAUUCGCUGUGCGUUGCUUUUGGAUGAAAUAUGCGCGAUGCAGCCGAGACUGCAGAUUCUGGGGGUCACCAUUGUUAUAGACCUGAAGGGACUCGGGCUUAGGCAUUUGAGAUAUUUGAAUUUGAAGACAGCGGGUCAGUUUGCCAGCUUGUUGGGAGUAGCGUUCCCGCUUUUGCUCCAAGGCCUGCACAUCAUCAACUACAACUGGUUGUUCAACUCCAUACUGCCCAUGUUCAAACAGUUCAUACCGCAAGCGGGAUGGGAGAGAAUACACUUCCAUUCGAAUUUAGAGUCUCUUCACAAACAUAUUCACCCAAAGUACUUGCCACCGGAGUAUGGAGGACAUAGCAAGUACCUAGUCACAUGUGAAGAGUGGCUGUCGAAAAUUGAAAAGUACAAAGACGAUUUUAUGGUGCAAGAUUUAAGAGAUCUCGGGUAUCAGGUGAAAUAGGUUGGAGAAGGAAGGAAAAUGUAAAAGACUGAAAAUUCCAUUUUAUUGUUAAAAAUAUACACCUAAAGCGGAACUGUAUGUUCGACGAAGUAAUUAAAUACACUUUUGUACAUUUACAGUGUAAAUAAACCUUUUUAUAUAAAUUUAUAUUAUUAAUGA